AUGCAGGAACCUAACCCUAACCCUAGCCCUAGCCCUUCAAAGGACUCAACUUCCAAUCCUAAAAGUUCAAGGGAAGAAGAAAGCAGCCUGAAAACCGCUCAUGAAGUGUUGACUGAGUUUAGCGCGGGUGAUAAGGAUACCGGUCGUGGCGGCCGUGAAGAUUGGAGGGUGGAUGAGAAUGGUGAUGGAGUGAGUGAAGGUCAAGCUUUGAAGAAGAGAAAGAAUAAUGAAGAGAAAGAGAAUCCUUCUGAAAAUCGAGUUUGUCCUAAAUGUAAAAAAGAGUUUCCUACGUGGGAGACUACGAUUGGCCACAUGCAAGAACACCCUAGUUAUACUUCUAUUGGUUCUUCUUCAGCACUUGUCAACCUACAUCAAUUCGAUCUAAAUAAGGUUGAUGUUGCACUUGAGUCCGCUGAAGAAAAGGAAUAUGAGAGCAAAGAUUUAAGAUUUGACUUGAAUCAGUUGCCUCGUAAUGAAGAAGAUGAUGUAAUGUAA